CGGAGAUCAAUCGCUAUUCAUAGGCACCCGUCGACCGUCGUUGUUUAGGAUGCCACUUGACAUGUCCCUAUGAUACGUAUCAUUCGCGAUGUCAAUGAGUCGACCAGGGCCACAGUCAGAAGCCCAGUCAUCGCUGCACCAGCCCUAUAGCGAUGAUGAAAGAGCUCAGGACAGCGGCCUUGAUCCACAGCAUCCCGAUGUACCUUUAAGCGGCGGGCUGCGUGAGCCGCUUUCUUUCAAACGCAAACAGAGACAACAGUCGCGCUCAAAAUUCCGUUUCCCCAACUUCUUCUCGAAUAGUCCUGCUGAGUCUGCGACAAAUACUGGGCUUGGCUCUUGGUUUCGGAACGAACAACGCUCGGAUGACGUCCAGCCCUUAGGGGAGCCGAUCAAUGGCAACAGCAACGGAAACCUGGCGCACAAAGACUCGGGCUUCUUGGACUGGUAUGUAGAGGGACCAGGACGACGAGUUGGUUAUGACAACCUUACGGCAAUCGAUUGGAUUUUCGAAUACACCAAAGAAAGACAAAGAAAGAGGCUCCUCUAUGCGAGCGGACAAGGCGUUGUUGGAUAUUUACGCAAGCUAUUGGACGCCAGUAAUGUCUGGAUCGUGUUGAUUGCUACAGGUGUUUUGGUUGGGAUCAUUGCGGCUGGCAUUGAUGUUGCCAGUGAUUGGUUAGCAGAUCUCAAAACUGGUUACUGUAAAGCCGGCCCGGGGGGCGGCAGGUUCUAUCUGAAUCGGAGCUUCUGCUGCUGGGGGCAUGACGAUAUCUCUGAUUGUCUAGACUGGACACCAUGGAGGAAAGCCCUAGGCGUCUCCUCGCGGGGUGGGGGAUAUGCCGUCGAGUAUACCUUUUACAUUCUUUACUCUGUGUUCUUCGCGAUCUGCGCAUGCGUUCUGGUUCGGACCUAUGCCAUUUAUGCCAGGCAUAGCGGUAUCCCCGAAAUCAAGACCGUCCUUGGUGGUUUUGUUAUCAGGCACUUCAUGGGGCCUUGGACUCUUGCAAUUAAGUCUUUGGGUCUUUGCUUGUCCGUCGCGUCUGGCAUGUGGCUCGGUAAAGAGGGUCCUUUAAUCCAUGUCGCAUGCUGUUGCGCUAGUGUUAUCAUGAAGCCAUUCCAUGGCCUCAAUCAUAACGAAGCGCGGAAACGCGAAGUGCUAUCAGCAGCGGCCGCCGCGGGCGUUUCCGUCGCUUUCGGAGCGCCCAUUGGUGGUGUUCUGUUCAGUUUAGAGCAACUGUCGUACUACUUCCCGGACAAGACAAUGUGGCAGAGCUUUGUCUGUGCCAUGGUGGCAUCGGUCACCCUGCACGCGCUCAACCCAUUCCGCACGGGCAACAUUGUCCUUUAUCAAGUCAAGUAUACACGUGAGUGGCAUCGCUUUGAGAUGAUACCGUUUGUCAUUCUUGGUAUUCUCGGCGGCCUUUACGGGGCGUUCCUCAUACGUCUGAAUAUGAAGAUUGCAACAUGGCGACGGUCUCGGGGUUGGGCUCGUCCAAUCAUUGAGGUUGCGGUUGUUGCUCUUCUAAGCGCCCUGAUCAACUUUCCAAAUCUGUUUAUGAGGGCUCAAAAUUCAGAACUUGUUCAUUCCUUGUUUGCAGAAUGUGGGACUGGAUCGGGGACUGAUGAUCCUUUCGGUCUUUGCAAGACGGGCGCCUCAUCGGCCGGUACUAUCGCCCUCUUGCUUAUGGCUGCUCUCCUGGGAUUCUUCCUUGCCUCGUUAACCUUUGGACUGGACAUACCCGCGGGUAUCAUCCUUCCGUCAGUUGCCAUCGGGGCACUGUAUGGACGUGGCUUGGGCAUGACCUUUCGGAUGUGGCAAGAGGCUUAUCCGGGAUUCUUUCUGUUCAGUAAAUGCGAGCCAGAUGUCCCGUGUGUAACCCCUGGAAUAUAUGCAAUCAUCGGUGCAGCAUCAGCACUUGGAGGGGCCACGAGGAUGACUGUAUCGAUCGUGGUCAUCAUGUUCGAGCUCACUGGUGCUUUGACUUAUGUCAUUCCCAUCAUGAUUGCAGUCAUGUUGUCUAAAUGGUGCGGUGAUAUAUUUGGAAAGCGCGGUAUCUAUGAGUCCUGGAUUCAGCUGAACGAGUACCCUUUCCUGGAUCACCGUGAUGAUGCGACUCCACCGGACGUUCCCGCUCAUAAAGUGAUGACCACUGUCGAUGAUAUGACGGUCAUCACCGCUGUUGGUCAUACGAUUGAUUCACUUCGUGGCCUUCUCCAAACGACCUCUUACCGUGGGUUUCCAGUCGUUACCGAUACGUCAAAUCCCAUCCUGCUGGGAUAUAUAUCGCGCAAUGAGCUUACGUACGCUCUCAAAUACUCUACCAAGCCGUCGGACAACGAGUUGUCAGGCGCGACGCAGGUCUUCUUCAGCCAUCAGCCCUUUGCGGAUCCCGCUGAAACCCUGGACCUUCGGCCUUGGAUGGAUCAGACGCCCAUCACACUCAACAGCAACACAACGUUUUUGAUUGUGCUCCGGAUGUUUCAGAGGUUAGGUCUCCGCUAUGUCCUGCUCGCCGAUAAAGGCGUUCUCCAGGGACUGCUUACGAAAAAGGACGUUUGGUCUGUGGUCAGCGGCCCGGACGCCUACAAGGACGACACUCUCCGCGAGAGAGCUUUCACCCCGGGAACUACGGCAGAGGAAGUUGGCUUGCUUGACAGUGAUGAUAGGACCAGCCUUGCCAGCACUAUAGAAAGACGACAGUCGCUUUGAAGAGUCUAUUGAGCGAUGCACCGAAACAUUUACUUUCCAUCUCACUCAAUCUCGAAUCCAUUGACCUAUUUCAGAUGUCGCGUUAUGUGUCGGGAUACCUGGCUAUAAGUCUCGAGAUAUGUAUUGAAUUUGGGUAACUUGGAGUUUACUAACGGGAUCUUGUUUUUCUUGGUUUGUAUGCCUGAGAUAGUGUGGCUCAUGGCGGCAGUUUGGUGGUUUGCAUGCAUCUAGACUUUGCUUUAGUAAUGUAUAUAGUACAUUUUUAGAGAACGCACCCGUUUUCUAGUUCAAACGUUAAUAGUACCACAGAGUAUACAUUGGAG